CUGAAAAAGAUCUUGUGGUGUGUUAGGUGAAAUAUUUAUGCGUCAGCGUGCAUUUUUUGCCUGAAGAUAAAACAGGUCAUGUAAUUAGCAAUCAGCCAUAUCAAGAUGGCCUCUCUUUUGACUCUGAAACUGUCAAAACUUGCCAAGGCAGUGGCUGAAAACCUACCUAAAGUUAGUGAUGCUGGUGCAGCGGCAUUAUCCGGUAUCCCCAUCAGGAAAUCUUCUCCAGUGUCCUUCAGAGACUUCAUCAGAAGAAUAUCACUCUGUGGGUGUCAGGAUGAAAUUGAGCUGACAAUCCAGGCCGAGUUGGCCAGUAUGGAGCAGCUGCUGGCACUGCCCUCGGCCGAGUGCACGGUGCGCGCUCAGGCACUCAGUGUGGCCGUCUACUGUCACCUGCUCGGCUAUGACGUGCGCUUCAUCUGCAUCCAUGCCAUCACUCUGGCGCAGCAAGGCUCACUGCUGCAAAAGCGAAUGGGCUACCUGGCCGUGUCGCUGCUGCUGAGGCCCACCGACGAGUUGGCCGUGCUGCUGGUCAACACUGUGCUGGGCGACUUACGUAGCGGCGACGUGCUGGUCCUCUGCACCGGCCUCAACAUGGUCUGCCACCUGGUUACGGCCGACAACGCCGCCACCUUCCUGCCGGCCGUGCUCAGCAAGCUCAAACACCGCCAGGCGGUGGUGCGGGACAAGGCGACGCGCGCGCUGCACAGUCUGCUGCUGUGCUCGCCGGAGCUGUUGCCCGGCCAGCUGGAGGCUGUGGAGACGGCGCUGCUGGACCGAGACCCGCUCGUCAUGGCGUCGGCCGUCCAGCUGUGCCUCACGUUCGCUGCACUGAACCCGGCUAUGUUCGCCCACCUGACCACCAGCCUGAUGACGAUCCUGGGCCAGGUCCAGAGCCGCAAGCUGCCGCCCGACUUCGAGCACAGGGGCGUGCCGGCGCCCUGGCUGCAGUGCUCGCUUAUCCGGCUCAUCUCGUACCUGUGCCCGGACGACUCGGGCUUGGCCGACACUUUCGCCCAGUUCCUGCUGUCUCAGCUGAUGGCCGGCGUCCCCAGCACCGCUAUGGGCUUUGCCAUCCUGUGUGAGUGCUGUCUGCGCGACGCCGACGAGACGCUGCGACUGCGCGCCCUGCAGCUGCUGCACGCCGUGGCCACCGAGGAGAGCGCCGAGGCGGUCUGCGGCCGGCUGAUGGACCUGUUGGACGACGAGCAGCGCCCGCUGGAGGAGCCGCCGCCCGUUUGGACGCUGCAGGGCCGGACUCCCGCCUCGCCGCCGCCGCCGCCGUCGCCGGCUCCGCAGGAGGGGCCAGCGAACCAGCUCCCUGCCGACCCCCGACCGGACACCGCCGAGCUGCCACCCGACGACGAGCAGGCCGCUGCCUACCUCUACCUGCAAGCGCUGGUCGACGUGACGUGA